AGGAACCGCUAUUUUUCAUUUCAUCAAAAUGAAGUAAGGGAACGCAAAUCAGAAUGAAGAAAAGAAAGAAUGAAAGAAAGAAAAAGAAAAGAAAAGAAAAGAAAAGAGAAAUAAAAAAAAAUAUGUAUAUAUAUAUAUAUAUAUAUAUCUUGACGUACCUUAUCGAGACACUUGAGCUCCUCGAUCGGAUAAACCGUUUUCUCACAACGAGCGCACGUCUUGCUCAUCUUCUUUCCUUCCUGUCUUUUUCGUCCAGUGGAAAUUGAGAAGAUUAUGAUUUAAUAAAAAAAAAAAUUAACAAACAAACAAACAAACAAACGAAGGACCGAACGAACGACCGAACGAACGAACGAACGAAGGAACGAACGAACGCGCAAAAAAAAACAAACAGAAAAAGGGAUAUAGUUCGAUCGAACUAAUGUUGGGAAAAAUUGAUAAGUAAAAAGAGAAAGACAGAGAGAGAGAGAGAGAGAGAGAGAGAGAGAGAGAGAGAGAGAGAGAGAGAGAAAGGAAUUAUAAAUAAUUAGGUGUCUCCUCGUUCGACGUUUUAUCUCAGUCGAAUCGACGAGGAGAAAAAGAGAUAGAGAGAGAGAGAGAAAAAGAGAGAGAUAGAAAAGGACAGAGACGUAGGAGGAGAGAAGAGAAUGAGAGAAGGGGGGGACACGUGCCAAGAAGGCACAGAAAAGGCACAACAAGCACUCGGAUCUAUCGAUGACUUAGCGUCAAAGAUGCAUUCGUAGGUUUCACUCGUCGCACGUUUUUCUUUUUUCUUUUCUUUUCUUUUCUUUUCUUUUCUCUUUCUUUCUUUUUUUUUCUUUUUUUUUUUUUACUUUUUCGCGCACCGACCGUGUUUCACGUAAGGCCCCACUCGAAUUUUCUUCAAUCCGUGAAAAGAAUUUGAAGUAAUAAUAAUAAUAAUAAUAAUAAUAAUAUUAAAUAAUAAUAAUAAUAUUAAUAAUAAUAAUAAUAAUAAUAAUGACGUUCUUCCUUCCCUCGUUGAUAAGCACGACGACGAGACGUAACGAUUGAAAUAUACUAUUACACGGGCAACGACGUUCGGACGGCGGAAAAUGCAGGAGCCACGCCGACACCAGGCAGCAUUGAACCGCACUGCGCCCUCUCGAUUACUCGAUUGUCUCUAAUUUUAUUAUUCGUAUAUCCUCGAACUUCUCUCCUCUGUGCUCCUGCCGCGAGCAAAAACUCUCAACGAGUGACAGAAAUGGUGGAGGUACCACGUUGGUCAAUUCAACAACGACCGUCCGAUGAUAGAGACCUGGUUCUUUAAUAAGCCGGAUGUCGCUGCAGUCGUUAUCUUCUUCUUUUUUUUUCUUUUUCAAAUAGGAAGAAAAAGUAAGAAAAAGAGAUACAGAGAGAGAGAGAGAGAGAAAGAAUCAGUUUCGAAUGAAUUGUAUAGUACGUAUCGGUCGGUAAUGCAGAAAUCUCUACGUAUUUAUUUUCAAUACAAAAAUAAUAUUAACAUACUCAUAAUUCUUUGCAUCGUUAAAAUAUAUAAGAUUUAACUUAUCGUUAAUUUUUCUUUCAUUUAUUCGCAUUAUUCGAGAUCGUUUAAUAUGUAGAUGGCGAUAGCGUUCUACUACGUUAGUCGACAUCAUAAUUGUUCUUCUCAUAAAGCCGGCGUUUUUGUUUUAAAUUUUGUUUCCUGAAACAUCCGAUUGAUUAUCAACGUAGAAUAAUGAUAUUAAUUAGGUAUAUACUUUUAAAAAAAGAGAUAAACGAUGGAAGAAUUCGUAAUAGAUUUAAUGGGAUAGCAAAAAGUACUGGACGAGAACAAUUCUCUAGAGGGAGAGAAAGAGAGAGAGAGAGAGAAUUGUGGAAAGUGCAUACUAUGUCAUUUAAAAGCUUAUUUUAUCAUAAAUCACCUCUUUAGACAGGAAAUAGAUCACAUCAUGUACUUCUUAUCGACCUGACACUCUUCAUCCUUACAUUUUAAUUUUCCCAUCCCUUAACAUCAUCAUCACCACCACCACCAUCACCAUUACUACCAUUACUACCAUAUAAAAAUUGCGAAGGGAAAAAUUAUUAUUAGAAAUAGAUGGAAAAACAUUUGCGCAAGAGAAAAGUCGUUCGGCGAAUUUUACCGCUUCAAUACAAACAAACUUCUGACAGUUUCGACGGUCGUCCCAAGCGAUGAAUUUUUUAAAUGACACCAAUUAAGUUCGAAAGAUAGGAUAUCGUGAAGAGUAAUUACACGCCAUUGUAUAUGUAUAUACACGACUAAUAGUACAUGUAUUAAAGGAUAUUCAGAUGAUUUACCUCUAUUCGUGUUUAUUUCGUGGUUUUUUUUUGUGUUAAAAUUGUUAUUUAUUUAUUGUAAAAAAAGAAAAAGAAAAAGAUUCAAAAUAUUAUAUUAUGCGUAUAAUAAAUGGAAACAAUGUACCAAUAAAUACUUUCCGUAUACGAAUACAUUACAAUGCCCUAAUUAUGAUAUCUCUCUCUUUGUUUUUUUUUGUAUGUCUUUUUUUCCUUCCUUCCUGUUUUUCCUUCUUCCUUUUUCUUUACACUCAUCUACGUAUAUAAACAUAUAUGUACAUAUAUACAUUUGUAUAUCGAGUAUAUAAGAACAGUCGAUGGUCGAUUCUCAUCGAGUACACUCGUGUGCUGAUGGUGAUGGUGGCGGUGGUGGUGAUAAUAGGUCUACCUAUGGCGGUUUAUGGAUCUAUCACCCAACUUUAAGAAAGCAUUUUCAUUAAAGUUCUUUAAUGACAAAACGUUUUUAAUUUUAAACCAAUCGUUCUUUCAAAUUAUGUACAAUCAUGAGAAUAUAUUUGUUACUUUAUAUUAUACUGAAGGAUCUUCGAGUGUCAAGAACCAGUGACAUUAUAUAUAAAUUCAUUGAAACGCCAUGGAUAACGAAGACGGAUUUUAAUUUGGCAUUAAAUGCCACUUUCAAGAAUUCCUUAUGUUGUAAUAUUUAUUUACAUGAUACCACUCUGGAGAUAUCGCACCUGUUUAAAAAAUUCAUUGAUAAUUAUCCUUACGAGUAUUCAUUGAACGCAAAUAUUUAUGAUUGUAAAGGAUAUUUUUUGUUGGGCUCGACGGAGGAAGAAAUUUUGAAUGAUUUGAAGAAAAUUCCAACUUUAAUAUCCAGCACAGAAAUUCUCAUCAUUGUGAAUGAUUAUUUGAAAAUGAAUUCGAGUGUUUUUAACGUGAAGAUUUAUGGAAAUGCCAAUGCUAACGUAAUAAGCAAAUCAGGAAUAUGGAGUUUGUCGGAAAAUUAUUUAUUGCCAAGAAUUUUUCAUAGGGUCGACAACUACGAAAAAAUGAAACGCGAUGAUGUAAAAGUGAACUUUUAUGGAAGACAAUUAAGAGCGUCAACAUUUUAUCGGCCACCCGUGUCUUAUUUAAAUCGUACAACCGUAAAAAUUAUUGAUGACGUCGAAGAAGAAAUAUUUGAUGCUGACAACGAACUCGAGAGGGAUGGUAUCGAGGUGAAGCUAUUCUUACUGAUGGCAGAAAAAUUGAACUUCACUUGGAUCAUUAAAAAAUCGAAAGAUGGAUACGGAAAGAGAUACAACGAGACUGUAUGGAAAGGUGGAUUCGUAAAACUCUUGUAUGACAAUAAGAUCGAUAUUGCGUUUGCCAGUAUAUGGUUGAACAGGAAUCAUUAUGAUUUCGUCAAUUUAACGGAUCCUUGGUAUCAAGUACAUAUAAAUUUUUUGGUACCACGUCCAAAACCGAUAACCAGUUUCUGGGCUUUAACUAGACCUUUCUCGGCAACUACAUGGAUCCUUCUUGUCCUAGCAAUAUUCUUACAAAGCAUUUGCAUAUUUACUCACGCUCAAUUCAAUCCACGAUAUCCGGAACGCUUUCGAAAUUUUUUAAUAACUUUAAUCGAAUUGACCGGUCGUUUAUUGGGUUCUUGGGCACCAAAAAAUAUGAUUAGCGUCAAACUACAAUUAUAUCUUUGGCAAACAAUGGGAUUGAUACUUGUCACUGCUUAUAGCAGUAGUCUCGCAGCUAAAUUAACUAACUCCGAGUAUGAAAAUAGGAUCGACACGAUAAAACAAUUUCUCGAAGCUAAAUUAGUUUGGGGAAGAAAAAUGAUCCCAUCUUUCACAGAUUUCAUCGACUACGAAGAUCCUUAUUCAUCUCAGUUGCCGAAUACAUAUAGACUCAUUAGAACUGAGGAAAUCCGUGAAAAUAUUGUUAAAGGCAAUAUCGCUAUAAUUGGAAGUUUCGUUGGGUCUGUUUUCUUCCCCGAUGAUGAAAUUUAUAAUAUGGAUCUUAAAAAUUAUCGGAUGAUGAAAGAAAUGAUUGGAAAAUAUUAUGCAUCUUUUGUUGCUCAACCUUGGCUCAUCUCACCUAUAAACGGGAUGAUGUUACAAUUAAGGGAAUCCGGGAUCAUUACUUUUCAUUUGCAGGAUGUUUUACGACGACGUGCUGAUUUUAAUCUUCGGGAAGUUCUCGUAGAAUACGAUGGAAAGGAUGGAAGAUUGAGAGUACUCACUUUAAUACCUUUAGGAGCUGCUUUUUUUUUGCUUUUACUUGGAUUAUCGAUAUCGACUAUCAUAUUUUAUUUAGAACUUAAGUAUAAGAAUGAUUCCAAAUCGAUUCGCGAGAUUUUACGUGACAUCGAUCAAAAACGGAGAUCUUACUCGACAACGACUAGCAAAAAAUAAUUAUAGUCUGAUGGUAUCUGAUGUAUUAAAUAUAAAACAAUUACUAUUACAUAAUUUUUAAUAAUAAUUGAGCCGAUAAGUAUGAAUUAAUUCAUCAAAUAUAUUAUUCACCAAAUAAUAUAUUUUUCAUUUUGAGAUAUUUUGACAUUUGGAUUUGAAUUAUUUAAAUAUUAUUUAUUUAUUUAUACCGACAAAUAAAGAAAGUAAGUAUAAUUAUUCUUAAGAAACAUCAUUCUUUUAUAUAAUUUUGAAAUAUUAAAAAUAACGCGCGCGCACGUACACACGUGUAUGUGUUUGUGUGUGACAAAAUAUGUUAUUUAAUAUCUCAGGCUUGAACCAUUUUCAUAAACAUCGGCUCAAUGGAUGUAACUUUAUGUAACUAUAUUACAAAUAUAGUUUCACAGAACGAAUUCUGUAGAAUUAACAUCAUUAAUUAUUUUGAAGAAAAAAAUAUAUCACAUCCAUUGAAAAUUGUU